GCCCAAGCACCAAAACGGAGGGAAUUACUCAGAUUUGAAACGAAGCCAAAACCCAACCUCUACGACCGCUCUCUCUCUCUCUCUCUCUCUCUCUCUCUCUCUCUCUCUCAGAUUUGCCCUAAGCAUCUCGGUUAGGGCAAAUCGACACACACUCUCCGGCACAAGUCCGAAUCAGAUAACUAGGGCACCCAGUUCUACAGCGAUUUUCGACAUCAUAGAGAGAGUUGCUUGGAUUAUACAUUUGUUGAUUUUAGGUCUAACGUAGCAUGGCGAAAGUAUCUACCCAAGGCCUUGUAUCUUCCAAUGCUGUUCAAUUUGUUGCUGGGCCUUUAAAGGUUGGCACUGGACUUAAAAGGAAGACACCUUCAGAAUUGAGAGGGGAACAGUUGAAGCGCAAGCAUGUUGUGGAGCUUGUUGAUGAAUCCCCAGCUCCCGAGCUUAGUUCUCUGAAGAGCACUACUGGAUCAAAGUAUCCAAGAUACAUCAACACCCGUUUGGACGAAGUAUACCCCAUAAAAAAAAGCAGCAUUAGGCUUAGGAUGCUUUCUGGAAAAGAAAGUGCAAAGCCGGAAGAAAGUCCCGUGGAGCAUACUGGCACCUUGAAGAGUUGCUCUGUUUCGUCAGUUUCGGCUGCCAAAAGCCAACCUCAGGUUUCAUGUCCUGAGGAUUUUGCUUCUAGUGGAGUUACAAGAGAUGGUGAGGCACAAGCUUCUAAAACAAACGAGAAAUGUAGAGAAAGUACGUUCCGCAGUGUUACAGAUCUAUCAUCUGGUGGCGAGAAGACAACUGGCCUGGAUAUUAUUGAUUUGGAUAGAGCUCUGAAAGGAUUGGUUGCUCAUGAACCUUCUUUGUUGUCCAGUGUAGCUCCUGAUUCUUCCGAAAGAAUAGGUGAUUUCACAAUGGGAAAUUUAUGCAGUGAAUUCGAUAUUCUUGGGCGGAUGACUCCUCUGGAUUUUACAUUGAAAACAACCAUGCGGGUUGUAUCCUCUUCCUCUGUAAAUUGGUUUCAUAGGUUAAUCACGCGUGGUUCCUGUAGUGGUGUGGCCCAAUUUUGCCAAAAAAUGAGUUGCUCGUCAGGCUUCACUUCCACAAACCAAGUAGUUGAUAACCUACAAGUUUUACAUUCAUGGGUGUACCCACAGUCUUCUUUACCACCUUCUCUUGUAGCAGCAUUGACCAUAUCUUCGACGGAACAAGUCCAAAUGGAUUUCUUGAGCAGAAGGCAAUCAGCAUGGGAGGAUGCAUUUCGGAGUCUUUAUUACAUGCUUCGGAAGGGUGCUUGUGACAUUUUUUAUGUGUGCACAGCGCAGUUUGUAGUGAUGUUCAUUGGUCGUGGUGAUUCUAAGGAAAGCAAGCGUUCAUGUAACGCAUAUAUAUCGCAGUCCACAAGAAGUUUGAGGUCAUUAUUAAAAGAACAUGAUAUUCAAUUCUCAAUGCCUCUUUGCCAUUCAAAAGUUGAGCAACAUACUACAGAAGACCUGGUUGAGCUGUCUGAGAUUGAAAAACAUAAUCUAGGCCAGAUUCGGCGCCAUCGUUCCAUGUCUGAUGUGGAUAAUAGCCCACAAUCUUUGCUUGCAUUCAGUGGAAACCAGAAUGUGCAUGGGUUGUUCGAUUUCCUCCUGAAUUACAGAUUUUUCUUAACAUCUUUGACCAGUGCUGAUGUUCCCGUACUAUAUUCACCAGUGCCUUUUCAAAAUGCUGCUCUUUCUUCUCCAGAGGUUAGAUGCAAGGAGGUGAGGAAGGCUGAUAAUUUUCCUUUCCCUCAAAAGGAAUUCACCAGCAAAGAUGAAACUUGUCAGGGUUCAUCUGCUGGUUUCUGCUAUAGCAUCGAAAUCAAAGACGCGUAUCUUCCUCCAUGGAUAAUAUGCAGUUUAUGUGAAGCCAUGGGCUCUGAGGGAAUGAAUUUUGAGGCAAGUUUUGUCACAGAAUCCACCUCAACUGGAUUGAAUGUUGGUCUUGAAACAAUUUGUGAGAAAUCAAAUCAUCAACCCACUGGAUCUGCAGGGUUGGAAGAAAGUAGCAGUGUCUUCGGUAUUUCUAACGCAAUUAUUUCUCCUAAAUUGUGUUCGGCCUUCCUGAAAGGCUUGAAGUACAAUAAUGGUUCUUAUACAGCUACCGUCUCAUCAGUUUGACACUGUUAAAAUUGUCUUUGCUGGAAAAGCAACAUUGAAACUUUUCACCACAACGCGGUGGUGCUGCUUUUGCCUCCUUUUUUUUUCAUUGAUAUUUUAAUCCUAAACUUUCUUAUUUUGGCCUCA